AUGGCUCACUACAGUUAUUACAACCCCGAAGGUUCGUACCACGGUCAGGCCAUGCAACACCUCCCUUUCCGAACCUCGGACAGCUCCCUGCGCCUCCAUCUACUGCACGGCAACCUCGACAUUUGGGUCAAGGAGGCCAAGAAUCUCCCCAACAUGGACCUCCUCAACCACAGCAUGGGUAACCUCUUCGGCAGCCUGUCCGGCAAAAUCCAGACGAGCGACCCGUAUGUGACCGUGUCCGUUUCCAAUGCCGUGCUGGCCCGAACCUUCGUGAUCAAGGACAACGAGAACCCCGUGUGGGCCCAGCACUUCCACGUACCCGUGGCCCACCGAGCAUCCGAGGUACAGUUUGUGGUCAAGGACAAUGACCUCGUGGGCUCGGAGAUCAUCGGGGCCGUAGGGGUCCCCGCGGACCAGUUAGUAUCGGGCUAUCGGGUCAACGCCACCUACCCGCUCGUCGGCCCGAACGGGCGGCCGUGCAGCUCGGGGGCCUUCCUGAGCUUCUCCAUUCAGUACAUCCCAAUCGAGUGGGCCCCGCUGUACAGGGGAGGGGCAGGGGCCGUGCCCGGGACGUAUUUCCCGAUGAGGGGCUGCGGUGGGGUGACACUGUACCAAGACGCGCACGUGCGGGACGGGGCGCUACCCACCGUGGUGUUGGGGGACGGGAGGGUUUACGAGAGGGGGCUGUGCUGGCGGGAGGUUUACGAGGCGGUUCGUGGGGCCCGCAGGAUGGUUUACAUCGCGGGGUGGUCGGUUUAUCACUUGGUCCGGCUCGUGAGGGACGACCCCCUCGUGGAGGAUGGGGGUAACUUGGGGGAGCUGCUCAAGGUGAAGUCACAGGAAGGGGUGAGGGUGCUGCUGCUCGUGUGGGAUGACCCAACGUCCACGAGCAUUUUGGGGUAUAAAACUGAAGGUGUAAUGAAUACCGGAGAUGACGAGACGCGCAGAUACUUCAAGCAUUCAUCUGUGAGAGUACUUCUGUGUCCACGGAUUGCUGGGAAAGGUAGUUGGGCCAAAAAACAGGAAACAGGUACGAUCUACACGCACCAUCAAAAAAGUGUGAUAGUUGAUGUAGAGUCCAGUAACUAUGGAAGAAAAAUUGUGGCCUUUGUUGGUGGCCUCGACCUCUGCAAGGGUAGAUACGACACCCCACAGCACCCGCUAUUCAGCACGUUGCAAACUAUCCACAAGGACGAUUAUCAUAAUCCUAAUUUCACGGGACCCACAGCGGGUUGUCCUAGAGAGCCGUGGCAUGAUUUGCACUGCAGAAUUGAUGGUCCAGCGGCUUAUGAUGUGUUGAAGAAUUUCGAAGAGAGGUGGCUAAGGGCGGCAAAGCGCCAUGGCCCAAACAAACUAAAAAGCUUGUACGAUGAUUGUUUGCUGAAGCUUGAACGAAUGCCUGAAAUAAUGGGAAUAAAUGAAGCAGCCACAGUAUCUGAAGAUGAUCCAGAGUCUUGGAACGUCCAGGUCUUUCGUUCAAUUGACUCGAACUCGGUUAAAGGGUUCCCCAAGAAUCCGAGGGAGGCUUCGGAGAGGAAUCUGGUAUGUGGGAAGAAUGUAUUGAUAGACAUGAGUGUACAUACAGCUUAUGUUAAGGCAAUUCGUUCUGCUCAACAUUUCAUUUACAUCGAGAACCAAUACUUUCUUGGAUCGUCUUACAACUGGGCUCACUACAAGGACUUGGGUGCAAACAAUUUGAUCCCUAUGGAAAUAGCACUGAAGAUUGCGAACAAAAUCCGAGCUGGGGAGAGGUUUGCUGCAUAUAUCCUGGUCCCGAUGUGGCCAGAGGGCGUCCCUACAAGUACUCCAACUCAAAGAAUUCUCUUUUGGCAGUACAACACGAUGCAGAUGAUGUACGAAAUCAUCUACAAUGCUUUAGUAGAGACGGGCCUCCACACAGAAUGCGAACCCCAAGAUUAUUUGAACUUCUUUUGCCUUGGGAAUCGUGAGCCGGAUUACAGUGGUUCCGAUAUGUCAAACGUCAAGAGCUCCAGCACGAGCACCCCACAGGCCCUUAGUAGGAAGAACCGUCGUUUCAUGAUAUAUGUCCACUCGAAGGGAAUGAUAGUGGACGACGAGUACGUGAUAUUGGGGUCCGCUAACAUCAACCAACGCUCUCUAGCAGGGACGAGAGAUACCGAAAUUGCCAUGGGCGCGUAUCAGCCUCAUUACACUUGGGCAAGCAAAAAUGCUAAUCCACGUGGAGAGAUAUAUGGAUAUAGGAUGUCUCUGUGGGCAGAGCACACGGGCACUCUCGAGCAAUGCUUUGAGCAUCCCGAGAGCUUAGAGUGCGUGAGGCGCGUGAGGUGGAUGGGUGAGCUUAACUGGAGAGAGUUCGAGUCGAGCGAGAUAAGUGCAAUGAGAGGGCACCUGCUGAAGUACCCGUUGCACGUUGAUAGCUCGGGAAAGGUUACGCCUUUGCCCGGUUGUGAGACAUUUCCCGACAUGGGUGGCAAGAUAAUCGGCACAUUUACUGGGAUUCAGGAAAAUCUCACCAUUUGA